AUGAGUCAGCCCCAAAUUGCGAUAGAUCCAUAUGAUGAGAUUGUUCUUGUCUGUAGGCUUCUAUAUUAUAAUAUACCAGGUUUUCACACCAAUGUUAAAAAAUUACAUAAAGCAUGUCAAGAGGAAGGAUAUUCUUUUCGAAUACAGGAUAUUACAAAAUG